AAAGGCACUUCCAGAAAAUAUAUAAAUUAUGAAAAAAAAUUAGAUUUUUAGUCGGGAAGAAAAGGUGCAACUACAAGUUGCUCCCUGCAUCUUUUGGAGGAAGGAUUGGAGAGAGGAGGAGAUGCGGUUAUAGGGAGUAGGCAGCUCAAAGGGCAGUUUCGGGUGGCUCAUAUUCCGCUGUAACUGUACUGUACGGUGAUAGCAGAGGUGGAGCAGAAAAGGCGGACGCACCCACCGCAUCUGCACGAACACAUCAGCGCUUCAGACCGGGCACUUCUCCCGCUGGGUAGCAAGCGCGCACGCAGUCCAGCGAGGAAAACGCUCUGAGACGCACACCGUUCCAAGGGAUUGCCGUGAGAUUCCACAAGUAAUAUGCGCAACACUGAUGUGGACUUUUUUUUUUUAAACUCCUUUUCCUUUCUCUUUUCUACUCAGUUGUGCUUCCUCAUUCAUUGUGCGCCCCUGUGAAGAGCAUUAACUAUCCCUCCUUCCAAUCCUAUUGAAAAGGCAGCGAGGAAAAGAAAAAAAAAACAGAGGGAGAUGAGAGCAGCAAAUCCCUUUUUUAUUCCCCUCGUAGCGCUCAAUAAGAGAAGAAUGUGUUGCCUAUCAGUCACCGAGGGGAUCAAAUCUUCGGGACUGUCCCACGCGUUCACUGCGCCUCGCAGAGCAUCACUGAGAGAGACAGAGUGAAGAGGACAGCAGCAGCAGCAUCCUGCCUGGACAGAUCAUCCAGGGACCUGUCUCCGCUCAGGAUCCAUCCAAGUCAAUUAAGACCGCCAGCAUCUCCCAGAUCCUCUCACCGCAUGUUUGAACCGAAGCCACGAUGAGGAGCCUGGUUCUGUUGCUGGGAGUGAAAGCCGCCUGCAUCCUCCUGGUGUCUUCGCUCUCCCGCACGGGGGCCGUGAACAACAGCGGCCGGUGGUGGGGUAUAGUCAACGUGGCUUCCUCGUCCAACCUCCUCACCAACUCUAAGAGCGUGCAGUUGGUCCUGGACCCCAGCCUGGCCCUCCUGAGUCGUCGCCAGCGCCGGCUGAUUCGGCAGAAUCCUGGCAUCCUGCAUGCCAUCGCUGCAGGCCUGCACACCGCCAUAAAGGAGUGCAAGUGGCAGUUCCGCAACCGGCGCUGGAACUGCCCAACCACCCACAGUCCAGCCAUUUUUGGCAAAAUUGUCAAUCGUGGUUGCAGAGAGACCGCAUUUGUAUUUGCCAUCACCAGCGCAGGAGUGACCCACGCCGUGGCUCGAUCUUGCUCAGAAGGGGCUAUUGAGUCGUGCACUUGCGAUUAUCGGCGCAGAGGUCCUGGAGGCCCAGACUGGCACUGGGGGGGCUGCAGUGACAACGUGGAUUUUGGCAGGAUGUUCAGUCGUGAGUUUGUGGACUCCAGCGAGAGGGGCAGGGAUCUGCGUUACCUCACUAACCUGCACAACAACGAAGCCGGCAGAAUGACUGUCUCCUCAGAGAUGCGUCAGGAGUGUAAGUGCCACGGCAUGUCUGGCUCCUGCACAGUGCGGACCUGUUGGAUGCGCCUGCCCAGUUUCCGCACGGUGGGGGAUUUCCUCAAGGAGCGCUUCGACGGCGCGUCCAGAGUCGUGUACGCCAACAAGGGCAGCAACCGCGCCUCUCACCGAGCCGCACCCAGACACCUGGAGCCAGAAAACCCGGCUCACAAGCCCCCGUCUUCCAUGGACUUGGUCUACUUUGAGAAAUCGCCAAACUUUUGCUCCUACAAUGGCAAAACGGGCACUUUGGGAACCUCCGGAAGAGCGUGCAACAGCUCGUCCCCAGGUCUGGACGGGUGCGAGCUGCUGUGCUGCGGACGUGGAUUCAAGACGCAGACUGAGAGCGUGACCGAACGCUGCCACUGCACGUUCCACUGGUGCUGUCACGUCAGCUGCCUCAACUGCACCAGCACACGGACGUUACAUCAGUGUCUAUGAUUGGAGCGAAACGUUAGGGUUGAUGCUGCAUUUGGGCAUGUAUCAGAGGCAAAGACGGACAUUUUUAUCAAAGCAGGUUGUUGCUUUAGAGCAGUGGUUCCCAACCCUGGUCCUCAAGUACCAAUGUCCUGCAUUUUAGGUGUCUCCUUGUUGCCACAUGCCUGACUUAUAUGAAUGAGUGAUCAAGAGGCUUCUGCAGUCACUUCAAUCAGGUGUGCUGCAACAGAGACACAUAUAAAACAUGCAGGGCAAGGGACCUUGACAACCAGGGUUGGGAAAAAAAUGCUUUAGAGAACCAGCAGCGCUUAAAUUGAGAUGUUUUCGAAAGGGGGUGAGACAGUUUAAAUCCAGGUAAAAUAAGAAAAGAAGGAUUCUGGAACAAAGUCUGUACUGGUGUCUCAGAAAAAUACAGAGUAAAGCACAAAUAUAUGAACAGGGUAUCAUAGAGAAAUAGGUGCUCGCGUUAUUUUUUUGUUACAAACAUUUGAACACAGCAGACAUUCACGUUUAAGGGAAAUCCCCCACAUUCCGAAGGUGUUUACACUGACGACAGCGUGGAAAUAAAAAGGAUUUAGAGAACUGAUUGUUGCAUGUCUGAGUGGGAAGCAGGACAGUGUUUCACAGAUGUUUUUUGUAGCCGCAGAGCGCUAUGAACAUGUUCUCUAAUUACCAGACAGGGAAAACACUCUCAGCUCUCAGCUUGUUUACGUAGAACUUUGAUGCUCCCGACCGCUUCUAAUUUUCCUCUAAUUCCCUCCACUUUUAUUUGUAUAUUUUUAUUUUGUUGGAUCCCAAAUCUCUUAAAACACAUUUGCCACUUGGAAUUACCACAGAACAGUCCUAAUGAUGUUUGACCAGAAAAAAUGCUGGUAAAGUCACUAAGGAGCUGCCAGAAAAUUACAUAAUUUGAAUGUAUUAUGAAUACACUGAACAGGCUGUCAAAUGUUGGGGAACAAUUGUGACGCAGAAUAUGACUUACUGAAUUAAAUCUGGCACAAAUCAAGAACACGCAAAAAAAAAAAAGUGUUCCAUAUAAACAUUUAUUGAAGCUUAAAGUAGCUAAAAUUUGUUUAUUUCAAAUAAUAAAAUCAGCUAGGAAAACCGAAAGGAUGUAAGCAAUGACGGUUCUGGGAUGAAUGGUGCCUUGGGCAUGUCCCUCCUUCUGCCACACCAAACCAAUUAGAAGGCAAGCAAUUAUCUGAGGUGAGCAAGGGGGACACAGAAUGCAGUGCAGUCUUGCAAAAAGACUACACUUGUCCCCUGCCGCCCCUCCAAGACCCGUCUAAUUCCACCCUGGGCAACUGCCCAAAUGGCCCAUAUCACAAACCGCCACAGGAUAUAAGCAUUAAAAUAUGAAAAAAUAUUUAUAAAAGUGUUGCUGGUUUGUUUGCCAAAUGAAUAAUAUGUUUACCCAUCAGCAACAGGACAGCAUGCUAUGACUUGAGUCAAGUCAGGAUAUGUUUGGAGGCAUUUCUUUCCCUUUUCGGUUUGACUCUUGCUGGAACCAGAGAAUUAUCCGUUCUAUUUUCCUGCUUAAAAACACUUGUUUGUUUGGUCAUGCACUGAAAUUGACUUUUUUUUAUGCAUGUAAAUACAAAUAUUUAUUUUUGAUGAUUUUUAUACUGUUAUAGAUUAUUGUAAGAACAGUCCUUGUUUUUUUUUUUAGAUUUCAAGCCCAAAUUUUAGAUUCUAGUUGUUUUACUGUAUGAUAGAAAAAUAAAGGUUAUAUUUUCAAUUAA